AGAGCGCCUGCAGAGGGAGAGGAGAACCAUGCUGUCGGGUCCUGGCUUCGAUCGCGCCGCCAAUGAGCCCAAGCGACAUUUUGGUACAGCCAAAGAGCCCAAAAAACCUGCAGCUGAGACUUUCCCCCCUACCCAAGAUGAGAAAGACUACCACCCCGGAGCGUUCUCAGGAUCACACAUCUCAGAGGUGCAACUGGAGAAUGAUAGUUUGAGGAUAAGAUUGGAACAGCUAGAGAUACAGAAAGAACAAGAGAAAGCUUCCUUGCAGGCUGCAGUCGUACAUGCACAGAGUCAGAUCCUCAGGAUUCAGGAGCAGAAUGCUGAGCAGCUUGCCUCGGUCAAGGCUGAGCAUCAUAAAGAGAUUGAACGCCUCCUGGCUUGCCAUGCCCUUGAGCAUUCCUCCUCCAAAGUCGCUGAACUCACCAAUCAAGUGAACACACAGGAGAUCAUAGUGCAGCAUUUACAAGGGCAAGUGAAGGAGCUCCAGGGAGCCAAAGAUGCUCUUGCUGUGUCUAAGAUCAGAGAGGAAACCCUGCAGAAUCAGCUGUCUAAGCUUCUAGAAGAGCUGAAACAGGCCAAAGAAGCUCACAGUCCUGAACUACGACACUUCACUAGCCUGGAACAGAAGAUUCAGUCCAUGGAGCUCCGUUAUAAUCAGCGUGAGAAACAGCUUCAGCAGGUAACACUCUCACACACACCUACAAACACUAUAAAUACACUUCAGUUCAAAAGGUUUGGUUCA